AUGGAUAAGUGCAAACAUGCCCAGACACCCGCAGGAGAGGGAGAAGUAGAGUGUGACAAAGAGGAAAAGUUGAUGUACCCUUAUAGUGAAGCUGUAGACAGUCUCCUAUAUUUGUCAACAAGAACUAGACCGGAUAUAGCGUUUGCUGUCAUUAAAGCUAGUAGAAAUAUGGAGAAUCCUCAGAAAAGGGACAUAGUAGCAGUUAAAAGAAUCUUUAGAUACCUUUCCGGUACCAUAGAGGAUGGUUUGUGUUACAGGUUCGAUUCCAAUCUUAAGUUAACAUCAUUUUGUGACUCUGACUAUGCGGGUGACUUAGAAACUCGGAAAAGUACUAUAGGAUAUGUUAUUAAACUUGGUGAUGGACCAAUUGCCUGGUGCUCAAGAAGGCAACCUAUAGUAGCAUUGUCUUCUACAGAAGCGGAGUUCAUUGCGGCAGCAGAGUGCUGCAAACAUACUAUGUAUAUCAAGACGCUUUUAGGCGAACUAAACGCUAAACCAGAAGACGUGUUAUUUAAAAUAGAUAACCAAAGUGCUAUUGCUUUGAUUAAGACGGGCGUAUUUAAUAAAAAGGUCUAA